AUGGCGGAUAAGGAAAAAGAGAACUCCGAAACCGGAUCGGUAUCGGUUGAAGCUCAAUCUGAAAGAGGGAAGAACAACCUCCCUAACUUUCUCCUCUCUGUUAGACUCAAAUAUGUGAAGCUUGGCUAUCAUUACUUAGUUACGCAUGCCAUGUAUUUAUUGUUAGUCCCCCUUCUUGGUGCUGUUUCUGUUCAUCUGUCAACUUUUACGUUCGAAGAUUUAAUCCAACUGUGGAACCAGCUCAAAUUCAAUUUUGUCACAGUGAUUCUAUGCUCUUCUCUAAUGGUUUUCCUAGCUACCCUUUACUUUAUGAGCCGUCCUAGAAAGGUUUAUCUAGUGAAUUUCUCAUGUUUCAAGCCUGAACCAGAGAGAAUGUGCACUAGAGAACUUUUUAUGGAGAGAUCUAAACAAGCAGGGACAUUCAGUGAAGAAAAUUUGGCAUUUCAGAAGAGAAUCUUGGAGAGAUCAGGGUUGGGACAGAAGACAUAUUUCCCAGAAGCUAUUUUGCAGGUACCCCCGAACGUGUGUAUGGCGGAGGCGAGGAAGGAGGCGGAGAUGGUGAUGUUUGGAGCUAUCGACCAGCUCUUGGCGAAAACCGGUGUCAAGGCUAAGGACAUUGGGAUUCUUAUUGUGAAUUGCAGCUUGUUCAAUCCAACACCAUCUCUUUCUGCCAUGGUUGUGAACCAUUACAAGCUUAGAGGGAACAUCUUGAGCUUCAAUCUUGGUGGUAUGGGUUGCAGUGCAGGAUUAAUAUCAAUAGAUCUAGCCAAGCAACUUUUGCAGGUGCACCCCAACUCUUAUGCUCUUGUGGUAAGUAUGGAAAAUAUAACCCUGAAUUGGUACUUUGGCAACAACCGGUCGAUGCUCGUCUCAAACUGUCUCUUCCGCAUGGGUGGGGCUGCAAUCCUUCUGUCUAACCGAUCAUCUGAUCGUCGUCAUUCCAAGUAUCAACUCAUCCACACUGUACGUACGCACAAGGGUGCAGACGACAAGUGUUACAGUUGUGUGUUCCAAGAAGAGGAUGAAACCAAGAGAAUUGGUGUCGCACUUUCAAAAGACCUGAUGGCUGUCGCAGGAGAGGCCUUGAAAACAAAUAUCACAACACUCGGGCCAUUGGUUCUUCCUAUGUCCGAGCAGAUCCUAUUUUUUGCUACUUUAGUGGCAAGAAAGAUAUUUAAAAUGAAGAUCAAACCAUAUAUUCCAGAUUUCAAGUUGGCUUUCGAGCAUUUCUGCAUUCAUGCCGGAGGAAGAGCAGUGUUGGAUGAGUUGGAGAAGAACCUUGAACUAAGCGAUUGGCAAAUGGAACCUUCUAGAAUGACUCUGAAUAGGUUUGGCAAUACUUCUAGUAGUUCAUUGUGGUAUGAACUGGCCUAUUCCGAGGCUAAGGGUAGGAUGAAGAAGGGUGACCGCACAUGGCAGAUUGCGUUUGGGUCUGGUUUCAAAUGUAAUAGUGCUGUUUGGCGCGCGUUGAGGACCAUUAAUCCGGCUAAGGAGAAGAAUCCAUGGAUGGAUGAAAUUGAUGAAUUUCCUGUUCAUGUGCCUAAACUGACACCUAUUAGCACUUGA